AUGGACCUCCUCCUGUCCGGCGCGCCGAUGCGCGCGUUCCUCAAGAGCGUCCUGUGUCUGUCGAGGAUCGGUUCCGAGGUGCUGUUCGAGGCGACGCAAGAGGACGGGCUUUCGAUCAAAUCGAUCAACACCGCGCGGUCGGCGUUCUGCUCGAUCGUCCUGAAACCCGCGGCGUUCGAGAAGUACGCGCUGACGAGCGGCGAGGCGACGGUCCAGACGUGCGUGCUCUCGAAACAUCUCCUGGCCUCGAUGCGCACGACGCGGAUGGAAUCCCUCAGCCUCGCGCUGGACGCGGACCAGACGACGCUGAGCGUCACGAUCGUGUGCAACCGCGGCGGGGUGAGGAAAACGUACAGAAUACACGUGAUCGAGGACGCGGAGCACUUGAAAGCGACGAUCGACGCGGAGUCGAUGCCGGUGAAACUAGUGCUUCGGCCGCGGGGUUUCUCGCGGCUGCUGUCGCACUUCCAGCCCGGGCAGAACGACAUCACGAUCGCGUGCCUGCCCGAGACGGACGGCGCGGAACGCGUCGAGCGGUCGUUCGGGGUCAACGCGAAUGAGCCGCCGCCGCCGCGGAAGAACUUGAAACUCACGUCGUACGUGGACCCGAACGCGCCGCCGAGCGGCGCGCUGCAGACGUCGAUCGGCAUGGACACGUCGGAGGACGCGGUGCUUCGGUACGAGGCGAAGAAAGACGAGACGCUCGAGGUCACGGUGAACUUGAAGGAUCUGAAGGCGAUGGUGGCGUUCUGCGAGCACGUGGACGUGGACGUCGCGAUUUUCGCGGACUCGCCCGGGGCGCCGGUGUUGGUUCGGCCGUGCGCGGAGUUCCGAGAGAUCGGCGGCGGCGGCGGCGGCGGCGGCGGCGGCGGGGGAUACGGCCAGCAGCAGCACGGGGGAUAUCCACAGCGCGGGCAGUUCGACGGGCUGAGCGGCGUCCCCCUCGACGCGGAGCUCGUCCUCGCGUCGAUGAUCCCGCUGCAGCAGGAGCUAGACAAGAACGAGGGCGGCGCGCACGGCGGCGGGGACGGAGGGGCAGGGGCGGGGGGAGGCUUCGGCGGCGAAUCGAACGAGGACGAAGACGCGUUGUUGCUCGCCGCGGUGACGCAGGCGGAGCAGCGGAUGUCCGCGGCCGCGUCGCGCGGGGGUGAGAUCACGGAACGGCCCGCGCGCGGGAAGCGACGCGCGGCGAAGGAUGCGGACGCGAGCGUCGGCGCGGCGGCGAGCACGGGGAUACCGGAUUCGGUCGACGACGACGGCGGCGGCGGCGGGCGCGCGCGCGAGGCCGCGUCGGUCGGGAACGCCGGGUUGGCGUGGGCGCCCGGGGAGAGCACGCGCGCGGAUGACACGGACGACGACGACGACGGCGAUCAGUUCGUCGAGCCGACGCCGCCGGAUAAACGUCGACGGAAGUGA